GCCUGGCAGCGUUGAGGCUGCGCUGGCCGGGUCAGAGCCAGUGUUGGUUCGAGACGGCGACAGAGGAGAGUCGCUUGGUAACGCGGACCCCAGCGCCGCGGAUAGGCCAGUUCCUGGUCUAGACGAGGACGACGUGGAUCUUGGUAGUAUCCAGACGAAUAUUCGGCAGAUGGGCGCGGCAGUUGGCCCGUUCAUCAAGUCCGUUUGCUCGGUCGCGAGGGGCGGUCCGCCUCCGGACAGCAGCUGGGAGGCAGCUGUGGGCGAGGUGUUCUGCAAGAGCAGGUUCACCACGCAGGCGGGCAAGUUCGGCCUUCACCCGGGCUACGUGCUUGACUUCACCACAGGGUGGGACUUGGAGGCCCCAGAGCCAGAGCAGAAGGCCGACGAAAUGCAGGAGCAGAUCCGGCCAUGCCUGCUAGUGGGGGGCACCGAUGGCCCUCCCUGGAGCCGGCAGCGCAGAGACGAUGCUGGCGCAGGCGCGCGGGACGCGCGCGGGGCAGGCAGCAGGCAGCAAUUCCGGGCGUGCUGUCCGCUGUACAGGAAGCAAAUCGACACUGGUCGGUACAUGCCCCACGAGCACCGGGGCGGCGCGGCGUCUCUGCAGGAGCCGCGCGCGCAGGAGGUGUUGGAGCAGCCAGAUGCGUUCUGGGUGAGCACUGAGCGUGGGAUGGGGCAAGCCAUCGCCACCAAAGGAGGCGGGCGCGAGCUGGAGCUUGCGACGCGCAAGUUUUGGGACAGAACGCGUUCCGAGGCUGCAGAGAAAGGAGGGCGCACGCCCGCGCCGGUAAGCGCGGUGCUGCGCGGCCUCCGGCGGCAGCUCCAGGAAGACGGGAAGUUGUCGCUGUCCCCCCUCGAGCUGGGGGUCGCAGGCCACGACCCCGCAGAGUAUCCAGAGGAAGACCGGGCGAAGUUUUACGACGAUGUCUUUGGAAAGCUCCUACCAACGCCGCUGGCACGGAAAGCGAGAGCCGCCGAGUUGGAUUCCCUACGCGGUUUUCCAGUGCACGAAAAGGUACCAGCAGCACAGGCGAAAGGCAAGAACAUGGUUUCUGUGCGUUGGCGUGAUGUCAACAAAGGUGAUGAUGAUAAUUUGGAGGUUCGCUCCCGGCUGGUCGGCAGGGAGUACAAGUGGCAAGACCCGUUCAUUCAAGGCACGUUUGCGGCGACGCCACCACUAGAGAGCCUUAAAUAUCUGUUCCAUUUCAUGACAACCACGAGGCGGGUGCGAGGCGCCCCGGUUCGUCUGAAGAUGUUGGUGAUGGAUGUGAGCAAAGCUCAUUUCCAUGCGCCGUGUGCGCGGGAGAUGUACAUCCGCCUCCCGGAAGAGGAUGCUUCCCCAGGGAUGGUCGGAAAGCUUCUUCGCACCAUUCACGGCACGCGCGACACACCGAACCAAUGGGACAUAUUCUUUAACGACAUCAUUACCAAGCUUGGCUACGACGUUGGCGUGUCAGACCCAUGUUUGUACAGACACAGGAACAAACUGUCAAUUGGGUGGAGGCACGGAGACGAUCUUGUGUUCAUAGGUGAAGUAGACCACAUGAAUAGCUUGUUUGACGAAAUCGGCAAGCACAUGAUUCUUAAGAAGAGAGGUAUGCUUGGUUUUGAAGAUGGUGACAACACGCACAUCACCAUUCUGAACCGUCUGGUUGAUUUCUGCACAAAGGACGGUGCGCCGACAGCCACUUACGAGCCUGACCCUCGACACGUGGAUCUUCUAGUAGACCAGCUUGGACUGACCGGCAGCAGGGUCAAAGCAGUGGGCACGCCAGGCGAAAAGCGCGGCGAUUACCACUCGGAAUAG